AUGCCAGCCGUAGAAAAAGUUCAAAAUUUUUUAAAUCUCUUAAAAUAUAAGUUAAAGCCAGCCAGGCGAUCAGAGAGUGUUUUCAUCAAGUUUUCUGACUUUUUUAUUUCCGAAAAGAUUUUUAAUCUUUAUGGGCUUCAUAAUCUGCCAUCUAGUUUAUCAAAUGAUGGCAGUAAGAAGAGAAAGUUGCUCUUCCAGGCGUCAAUUUUCAGCGUUGCUAUAUUCACGGUUUUGUCGCUAAUUAGUCUAAAAAUAGGACUGACCAACGACGGCUCCCUCCUAAUGUUGUACGAGAACGGAAUUGAAUUUUGUGUCGCGGCUAUGAUUUACAUUAAGACAUUCUUAAUUGCUUACUACUACUGCGAAAAGUUAAAGGAAGUGAUCGAGGUUCUUGAUUUAUAUUACCCGAAUGAUGGAUGGAAUCAGCAAGUCUUUCAAGUGUCUGGGCAUUUAAAAACUUUAAAAAUCCAUGAAAUAUUGGCUAUUUUAUCUUAUGCUAUUGCAUGCUCUGCAUUUUGCUUCAUGCCAUACUUUGUUCAGCUUUAUGGUCUUCUAACUUCUCAGAAAUUUGAACUUGACUCGAUUCUUCACUUCUACUUGCCUAUUAUUGACCAAAAUCAGCUGGUUGUAUACGCUAUCCUGAAUCUUAUUGUAUUGUACGCAAUGUAUUCGGGAACAGUCUUUACGUUAAUGACUGACUUAUUGUAUGUCGAGCUUGUAGCUUUAGCAAGCAUGGAAUUGAGCAAUUUGGGUCAACUGAUGAGUGAAAUUGAUCCAGAUGAUGGCAUGGAAAAUGCUCAAAAGGAAUUAGAAAGACUCACAAAAGUUCACGAGGAGUUGAUUGAAGUCACCAGAAAAUUAAAUGAAAUUUUUUCGAUCAUCAUGUUCAUUGAUCUCUUUGGAAUCAUUGCAUUGAUGUGUCUUUCUGCAUUUAUGACUUUUGUAAGUAAUUGCUUUAGUGGAUAUUGGAAUUUAGUGGAUAUUGGAAUUCUGCGAUUAAGUAAUUUGAGUCAUACAAAGUGA